AUCCAAUGGUCACUGUCACAUGCUCACAUCAAAACAUUUUUUACUCGUACCUGACUUGGCUAACCUUACUUAUCUUUUUAAACUUGUUAGUUUUCUAAGUAAAAAAUUUUCCACUUCGGGUAAAUUCUCAUUGAAGUGGAUUCACUGUGCGUAGGUGUGGAGGAGAAUGGAAAGACCUGGAGAGCUGAAAGUGGAGGCGUUUGGUUCUCCAGUCUCACCAGAAAAGACAUUUUUCAGAAUGGCGGACGAUUUAUCACCCUCUCGCUUAAACUACUUUAGUGAUUCCAUUUCUAAUCCGGAUUAUCGUAGUAUUCUGAAGAAAAUGAGCGAAAUCGGCUUGCCGACGUCUGCCUCAACCUUGAUGAACGACAAUUCUUCGCGAGUUGCAAAUUCCUACUUGGAAGCUGCUGGACGGGUUUUGCAGAGCGGGGAGGACAGUCGGCCUGUAGAAUACCAACGCUUGCAUGAAGAACGUAGUGGCCGUUUAGCGGGAACAUUGGCAUCGGUUGGUUAUGAACAACAUCCCGAAACCUUGAAGGAUUUUGUGGAUAAACGACGCCAGGAGCAUUGGAAUGCACUAAUUGAAUCCGAAAACGGUUCAUAUGAAGAAGCUAAAAAGGCGCGCUUGUACUCGUUUUCCGACCCGGAAUGGGAACUGUUUAAAGAGGAAGCCGUUCGUGCUUACGCGGCUGCCGGCAACGGUGGCAUGGUGGAACUGCUGCGGGAUCAGCGACUGCAUUCAGGAAGAGGUCUUGGCCUUGGUGAUAGAGUUUUGACCAGUGUAGAGAAGCUGUAUGCUCAAGUGUUGCGGCAUCAUAAUGAUGAAUUGCUCAAGUUGCGUUUACCCCUUGGAAAUGUUGGGCAAAAGUUUUAUGAUGCUAUCGAAAGAAUCCACGACAAGAAAAUAACCGAGCUUUGGCGUAUUUUUGUCUCGUUAAUUCCAUCCGAUUCCCAAGAUAAGCUGCGGCAUUCUGCGCUAGCGUUUCGGUCAUCUCCUAAAUUUGCGGAAGACUUCGUUAGCCGCGCGCGAAAAUAUUUGGAGCAGUCCGCGUACGAUAUGGCGGUGGAGCGAGUUCGAAGUCCAGUUAAUAAUUUGAAUGCCACAUCUGGUGAUGGAACGAACCUUAUUGUGGCAUAUACGAAAGCGCAGUUGAGCAAUAACCGAAUUCAUAUGGAAAACCUUGGACCGAAAGUUCACGGUUUACCGAUCUGGGCAUUAAUAUUUUACGCUUUGCGGCUUGGAUCUUUGAACGCAGCGGUAACUCUCUGCAAGCAGGGUGAUGAAUUAGUUCGAUCCUUUGCUAGAUUUCUUGUGGAGUAUGCUCGAAAUCAGGGUCAACUUUUGACUGCUAGCCAACAGGAACUGCAGAAUAUUUAUUAUGGAAAUGCUUCAUCAUUUUCUGACGACGUUUACAAACGGGCAGUUUAUGCUAUUGUGGCACAGUGUGAUGUUGACGACGAAUUUGGAGGUACACUGAACUCGGUGGGUGACUGGUUGUGGGUGCACAUCACUAGAAUGGAGCCGUUGGAAAAUGCAGGAAAUGGUUUCACUCUACAGCAGCUUCAGCAAAAAGUAAAAUUACGCUUUCCUGCUCAGAAAACCGACGAUGUGGAGGCUUUCGUUGCUUUCCUUUUAUCUGGUCAGUUCGAGAUGGCUAUGGGUCGGUUAUUCCAGAAUCUUGCAUACCGAUGUCACGCUGUACAUAUGACUAUCGCGCUAAAAUGCGAGAACAUGCUAGUGACUGCAAAAGAACCAGCUAUUGGAACUAUUGUGAUAGAAACACCGGAAAGUGUAGCGAUGGAUUUGGCCAAUAUGAUCAGAAUUUUCGUCGCGGAUUUCCGUUUAAAUUGUCCGGAUGUUGCUUUGGAGUAUUUUUAUUUACUGUCCGAUACUCCAGCUGUACGCUCCACUCAUUUCGGCCACGAAUUCAACAGUUUAUUUGAAUUUUGUGUUUACAAAUUGGCAAAAGAAACUAACAGCUACCAGGCAAUUUUUGGAUCUGGGAAGUUGCCUGACGGGAGUGUAAGGCUGGGCUUAGCAGACAGAUUUAUUCCUGAUCCCCGACAUUUGAUGGGUGUAGUGGCCGAAGAUUUCGUCGAAGAUGGCCGCUUAAAAGAAGCUGUAGAAUUAUUCCAGAUGGCUGGUCGCUAUUCGAUGUUGUUCAGGGCGCUAACUGAAGCAAUUUCGUCGGAAAUCUUGCUCCCAACAACGCCUGGUCACCGUAACUCUUUAACGGAACUGGCAUUUGGGUGCGCUGAAAGGUUGAAAACGUACGGUGAACAGGACGAUACGUAUGCUCGAAAUUUUUUUCUCAUCUUGGAUCUCCUUACUUUUCUGGGCUUCGUUAGUUCUGGUGAUUACAAAAAGGCUGUGCUUCUGAUGGAAAAACUCAAGUUGUUGCCCCUGGUAGUCGAAAUGGUUGAAAAUGCGGUUGCAGUCUUUACGGAUGACCUGUUACCGGCGGUCCAGGCAUGCAUACCAUUGGUGACUCUUCGCACCAUGGAAUCGUUUGUGCAGUGUUAUUUAGUAGAGAAAGAACGAAUUCUGGAUUCUCGGUUAGGCGCGGAUGUAGGAGCGCCUUUGAAAACUGCAAACUUGUUCGUUUCUGGCGCUCGUUUAAGUGAUGACCUCAUAAAGGUGCAAAAUGGAUUUCGAAAGCAGAGCAGGGCUUUGUUAGAGUACGCAAAUCGCAUUCCGUCUCAACAUCUGCCAAAUCUCGUGGAAUUGAUGGCGAAACUGGACGCAAUGAUCGCAUGAAAAGUUUGCCCACUUUGCUGAUUGAAAUUUGGGCUGUUACUGUGUUUUGCCAUUUUUUGUCAGAUUUAAAUAAGCUGCUGAUCACUAAUAAUCGUUGCAUUAGAGCGUUUUUAUUUCCAGUGUUCUGUACACACAGUAACUGAAUUUCAGUUCUCUCAGCGGAUGAUUAAAGUCACUAUUGUGG